AUGUUGUGUAUGUUGAUCAGGGUCAAUGAAUCCCUGGUGGCAUUGUGGUCUAGUGCAGUGUUGUUGUCAGCAUUUUUUGUGUUGCUUUGCACCACGUGCAACAUGCAGGUGUACAUAAUGGACAGGUGGAUAACUGUUGAUCUUUUCAAGAGGUUUCCUCUGAAGAUCAGGUAUCAGGCACAGAAUUUCAGGCCUAGACUGCAAGCUCUGUCAGCUUGUAUCUUGGUUGCAAACACAGCAACAUGUCUUGCAAUACAUUCAACAUUCGACCAGUACUUGGGGCUUUGUUUUGUGCAGUCAACGUUCAAGUGUUGUUCCAUUCCAUGCAGUGAUCUGCUGCUGCCAAGUGCCACUCCAUCUACGGGUUCAACACUGCUUGACAUCACACUCUUUCUUGCUGUGAGAAUGCAGCUAUAA